CUCCCGUGAGAGUGUCUGCGCCAGGUCCGCUGUGAAUGAAUUAAUGAGACAAAACAGCCGCCGGGAGAUGCGCCUUCCUCUUGUAUGAAAUAUGGACAUCGGGAAUACUUGCCGCCUGGGGCUGCUUUGAGCACUUUCGUGUUUUUAGCUACUCCGGUGUUUAUUUGGUGUGUACAGUGCACGGAGCCCUGGGAGGGCCCCGGAAGACCGCCCUGGCUGCCGGCUCUUAGGCCGGUCCCUGGGGCCUCAGUGUUCGUGCGGCGGGAGAGGGAAGGGGCUGGCCUGCCUGGCCACCUAGCUCCUUUCCUGGCUCCAGAGUUAGUAUUUGUAAUCAUGACACAAUAUCCUGAAGCCAUCGAAGUCUGUGUGCCGGUGGACGGUCUCGGACAAGUUUAAGAGGAGAGAGCUCUCCCUCCUCCACUAAGAGCAGAAAAUGAACAAAUCCCAGGAACAAGUGUCAUUCACGGAUGUAUGUGUGGACUUCACCCAGGAAGAGUGGUCUCUUCUGGACCCUGCUCAGAAGAUACUAUACAGAGAUGUCAUCCUGGAAAAUUACAGCAACCUUGUCUCAGUAGGGCAUUGUGUUACUAAGCCAGAAGUGAUCUUCAAGAUAGAGCAAGGUGAAGAGCCCUGGAUCUUAGAGAAAGGAUUCCCAAGGCAGUGCUACCCAGAAAGGAAAUGGAAAGUUGAUGACCUGCUAGAGAGCAACCAGGAAAAUCAAGGUGAACGUUUUUGGGAGCUUAUAUUCACCAACAACAAGAUAGUAAGUGUACAAAGUGGUGAUAGAGGAAGGAAAACUUUCGAUCUCAGCACGGACCCUAUUUCUUCAAGAAAUUUCCCCUAUAAAAUAUGUGACUCAUGUGAAAUGAGUUUGAAAAAUAUUUCAAGCUUAAUUAUUAGUAAAAAGAACUGUUCCAGAAAGAAGCCUGAUAGAUGUAAUGUAUAUGAAAAAUUGCUCCUUGAUAUUAGGCAUGAGAAAAUUCCUGUUGGUGAGAAAUCUUAUAAAUAUGAUCAAAAAAGGAAUGUCCUUAAUCAUUGCCAGGCUCUCAGUCAGCCACUUUUUGACCAAUCUUUUCAGUAUAAUGAAAAUGGGCAAAGCCUCCAUGAGCAGGCAGACUUAUUUACAAAUAAGAGAUCUCAGCUAGGAGAGACAUUCUGUAAAUAUAAUGAAUGUGGAAGAACCUUUGUUGAAAGUUUAAAGUUCAGCCUAUCUCAGAAAGCUCAUUUGGAAAUGGAACCUUAUGAAUGUGGUAUUUGUGGGAAGUCCUUCUGUAUGGAUUUAAGAUUUGGACAUCAGAGAGCUCUUACAGAGGGCAAUCCUUAUGAAUAUAAUGAAUAUGGGGAAAUCUUCUGUGACAAUUCAACUUUCAUUUUCCAUCAGGGAGCUUACACAAAAAAGAUUCCCCGUGAAUAUAAAGUGAGUGACAAAACUUGGGAAAAGUCAGCUCUCUUUAAACAUCAGAUAGUACAUAUGGGAAAAAAAACCUAUGAUUACAGUGAAAAUGGGACUAAUUUUAGUAAGAAAUCACAUCUUACCCAACUUCGGAGAGCUCACUCAGGAGAAAAAACAUUUGAAUGUGGUGAAUGUGGGAAAACCUUCUGGGAGAAGUCAAACCUCACUCAACAUCAGAGAACACACACAGGAGAGAAGCCCUAUGAAUGUACUGAAUGUGGGAAAGCCUUUUGCCAGAAACCACACCUUACCAACCAUCAGCGAACACAUACAGGAGAAAAACCCUAUGAAUGUAAGCAGUGUGGAAAAACGUUCUGUGUGAAAUCAAACCUCACUGAACACCAGAGAACACACACAGGGGAGAAACCCUACGAAUGUAAUGCAUGUGGAAAAUCCUUCUGCCACAGGUCAGCCCUAACUGUCCAUCAAAGAACGCACACAGGGGAGAAACCCUUUAUAUGUAAUGAAUGUGGAAAAUCCUUCUGUGUGAAGUCAAACCUCAUUGUACAUCAAAGAACUCACACAGGAGAGAAACCCUAUAAAUGUAAUGAAUGUGGGAAAACCUUCUGUGAAAAAUCAGCUCUCACUAAACAUCAGAGAACUCACACAGGGGAGAAGCCCUAUGAGUGUGAUGCAUGUGGGAAGACCUUUAGUCAGAGGUCAGUACUCACCAAACAUCAGAGAAUUCAUACAAGGGCAAAAGCUCUUUCCACAUCCUGAAUGUUCAGAGGCCUUCACACACCUGUCAAAUUUGCUGUACAAUUUUAAAAAAUGAAAUGAGAGAAAGCCAAAGAAUACCACAAAUUACAAGAAAAUGCUAUCUCAUUCGAAUAGUGAAAGCUUUUAAGAAAAAUUAAAACCUUUCAUUAGAAAAUUUGUAUUGAGGGGAAAUGUAUUCAUUUAAAUAAUAUGGUAAAAUCUUUAUCUAGAAUUUAUGUUGUUUAGUGUCAUUCCAGAUGUGAUACCAAAAUUUUAUUGUAAAUAUAAUGGGCAGUUUUCAUUUAUACCCAUAUUUACAGUGGAAUCUAAAGAUUAAAGUGAAUGACAGCACCAUUAAGCACAUGUGUGAAGAAUCACUCUUGUUUGUAGACCAUAUGUGAGUGUGCUUAUGUAACAGAAAUUUGGAGUGUGCUUGAUUUGUAUAUUGUGGCCCAACAUGGUUGUGAGGAGAAAAUACUUACACUUAGUUUAGUAAUUAUUAUGGUAUAUAUUAAUAUUUUCCACACUAAAUGCCAUUGGUGUCUAUAUAAGUUGAUAUAAUUGUAUGUGUACGUAUGUAUAUAUAUGUAUAUGUAAAUAUAUUUGUACACACUUACUAUAGUGAUAUGCUAGCUUCACCUCAUACUGACUUAAAAAUGCUGCUGAUUGUUAAAUUUUCAGGAGUUUUGUGAGCCAGUUAUUGAACAGUCAUUUAAAAUUAUAUAAACUUAUAAUUUAUUUAUAUUAAAAACAAAGUUAUUAAAUAUUCAACACUCAUCACUUCCAAAUUAUUUUGCUACAUUUCACUUUUUGUGCGUUAGGUUACUCAUAUUAUUGCAUUUGUAUGGUGAAAAUACUAUAUCCUGGAGUGCCACUGCACAUCUCUUCCUGACUCCACAUUCAGUGCUACCGUGUUGGUAGUUUAAUGGGAGUAUUUACACUAUGGAAAUUGGCGAAGUCUAUAAAUCAAGGUCUUUGUUUUCUCAGAGAACCCAUUGUGAAAUAUUUGCCAGCAUACCACUGUGUAUAUAUAAAGAAAUAUAUAGCAGAUUUAAAGUAUAAAUCACAUACCCGUUUUUCUAUUUCCUGACAUAAAUAAAUGGCUACAGCCAUUAUUGCUGAGUUGCCUCUUCAGGAAAGAAGCCAAAAAAUGUUUUUGUGAGGUUUUUAACUACCUCUGAAUCAGUCCUAUUCUAAAUGCUACCAGAGUCUUUUUUAGCUUGGCCAGUAUAUGUCUUAAGUGAAAUAUUAUUUCACAAAGAACUGUAUCACAUAACCUUUCCUCUGUUUCCUGGCAUAUAUGAAUGCGUAUGGCUAGUUACUGAACUACCACUUCAAUAAACAAGUCAAACAGUAUUUUUUCUGAGGUUUUUGAGCUACCUCUGGGUCAAUCGAUAAUGUAAAUGCUGUUAAUAAGAAUGAUAUUUACAUAAAUUAUGCAAAGGUUAACGUCAGUUAUAAACAGUAAUAGUUUGCACUCUGCAUAUAAAAAGUGAUGGUAUGUAAUGAAAUGUUCUUUUCAUACUUGAUACUUCAAUGUGCAUCUCUUUAGGCAAGAUAUAUGUAACUCUAGGUCUAUGUAACCCAGAAACUAUGUAUUUGUAUUUAGUAUUGUAGAAUGUCAUAUAGUGUCUCUAUCUCCUUUGUCCUCUUGUUUCCUACACUUCCUUAGAACACGUUGGUCAGCAGUUCUGAGAGACACUGCCCACCCAAUGGCCAUUCACUACAUCUUCCUUGCUGAGCUAAGUUUUAUAUCUUUGUCCAUCCUUCUCCCAGAUGAUUUAGGGGUAAGUCCAGAUUAGUCACAGCUAAUCAUGGAAAUUCCAUUCUAAUGCUUUUUUGUUGGGGUGAACAUGUGAGCGAUGAGGUGUUGGGAAAUGCUCUACAAUACUUCUGGGAAAGAUCUCCUGAUAAUACAUUGUUAGGAAAUGAGAAGAUAUGAGAGACAUGAGAAUAGAUUGUCUAUCUUCUGCUGGACUUUUUCAUGUCUGUGUGUGAUACUAGCUUAUAGUUUGUAGCUGUGAAGGUGGGCAGUAGCCUGAAGGCGACAGUGCACGAGGUGGAAAAGCCAGCUCAGAGGUGAUGUUGCUGAGCUUCUCAGAUCUCCACACUUGCUCUCUACUGGGACUUUGUAUUACCUGUGAUAAUAACUGUCUCUUAUUUAUUCUUAGGGUUGUCUGAUACUUAGAGCUGAAGGCAUUCCAGCUGACCCAGAGGAAAAUUUUUCUAAGUGUUAAUGUUCUAUACAUUGAUUUUGGGGGAAGAAUUGUUUCUUUUGACAAGUUGAUAUGGGGAUUGCUGUUUGUAUCAGCCAUGGAUCUUUCUGGUGGACAACAGACUUCUCCAACUAAACAUUUUGAUGGCAGACUUACCACAGUGGUGUCUGCCGGAAACAAGGGAUAUUGAAACACCUAGAGACUAACGUCAACAGGAAGCCAUCACCAUUCUGAGGCCUCAAGGGGCAAGGAUGGAAGCAGUGUUACCAGAGCCCAGCAAGAGCUGCUGUCAUGCAGGAGAGGCCACUGUGUCGGAGACGUUGUCACCACCAGAACUGUGGCACCAAAUUGCCAAUGCCUCCCUUUUUGUGAACCCAACUGGAUGCAUCUGCAGGAGAGCCCAGGUGGGUUCAGAGAAAGGUAGAGAGAAUCUGGGUAGAGUACAUGGAGAAUAAGUAGCACAGUGUUUUUCAUUUCUGUAAAUUCCUAUGUCAAAUGCUCAGAAUUAGAAAUAAAGUUAUUCUGCUAGCUGAAAA